GAAAUUCCGUUGACACCACCAGCGCUGCUGGAGCAGCAGAUACGCCACAUGCGGCUAGUUCUUAUACCGGAGGAGCAGCGGGUGGCGGAGGAACAUGCUGCAGCUGUGGCGCAGGACCUGCAGGACCACCAGGACCGCCAGGGCCAGAUGGAUUGGACGAGGGAACUAGCAAUUUCCAGGAAGAGCAAUUUCAACGCUACUUUUUUGCUUGCAGGUACUGAUGGAGCUCCCGGAACUGAUGGUGCACCAGGAAAAGAUGCUGAAGCUAGCGCAUUGCCCAGACCAGAAGAUUUCUGCUUCGACUGCCCUCCAGGGCCACCAGGGCCACCUGGAGCUGCAGGACCAAAAGGAGCACCAGGACCACCAGGAGAAAGUGGAUCUAGCGGUGGAGCAGAACUGCCAGGGCCUCCUGGUCCGCCUGGGCCACCGGGACCACCUGGGGAGCCUGGGCCUGCUGGUCCACCAGGACCGGAUGGCGUGCCUGGUAUCCUCAAUGAGGUACCUGGUCCACAAGGGCCACCAGGGCCAUCUGGUCCGGUUGGAUUACCCGGCAACGUUGGGUUACCUGGUACAAACGGAAGACCGGGACCGGUCGGUCCUAUCGGGCCACCCGGUGAUCCGGGUCCGCAAGGUGUUCCUGGAAUAAACGGGUCGCCGGGUGAACCUGGAUUAGCUGGUGGCCAAGGUAGCCAUGGCUCAUGUGAACAUUGCCCGCCACCACGAACUGCUCCCGGUUAUUAG